CGACACAACUUCAGUUCUGAGAUUCCCCAGACCUACAAUGAUGCUGCGAGUUCUGAUCUUCUCUGCCCUCCUUUGCCUGGCAUUGGCCCGUGGCAGCGGUGAAGAAAGGGGACACUCUGGAGAGAAUCAAAGUGAGAUCCAUAUUGAGGAUCAUAGUGGGAAGCGGGGCCACUGCCCAGUUGUUCCCUCUGGUAAUAACGUUACCCUCGCUGCCUGUAACACUACUUGCCCCGGGGGCGCCAACUGCUCUAACAUUGAGUGCUCCUCUGACACCAACUGCACCGGAAUCCAGAAAUGCUGCAACACCAGCUGCGGAAUGGCAUGUAUGAACCCCGAAUACAAGACACCGUGUGUGCAGGAUGCAGACUGUGCUGGAAUCCUAAUCUGCUGCAGGGGGCGCUGUGUUGCUCCUAAGCCCCCCAAGAAAGGGUCAAGAGAAAUGACCAACAAAUCCAGAUGUGACUGAGGAGAGAAUAACCAAGCGACUGAGGAGUCAGCGCACAAAUAAGAUCGGCUAAAACUUUACGUAUUGCGGCAAAAAUUUCUGAAAUAAUAAACUAUAGCAAAUGUCA